AUGUCAGCCGAGGAAUCAACAACAACAGCAGCACCGGCUGUAGACGCGUCUGCCCCAGCUGAAACAGUCGAGAAACCAUCUUCAUCCUCUGCACCAGCACCAGCACCAGCCACAGCGGCAGCAACAGAAGAACAACCAAAAUCAUCUUCACCAAAUAAAAAACCACCAUCAUCGAAACCACGAGGUAGACCUUCGACAGGUGGUGGAGCGUCAAAUAAGAAGUCAACGGCAGUAGCGAAUAAUAAUGAUGAGAAGAGAAAUUUCGAAGUUGGGGAGAUCGUCUUGGCUAGAUUGAGAGGUUAUCCACCUUGGCCUGCUAGAAUCGCCAAUCCCGAUACACUCCCUCGUAAUGUCCUGAAGCAGAGACCAGGAAAGAACCCUUUGAUUUUCUGCUGUCAAUUCUUCCCAGCUGGUGAUUUCUCAUGGCUUCAAUCCAAAGAGAUUAAAUCCCUCAGCCAAUCCGACAUCUCCGCUUACCUCGGUGAAUCCCACCGAAAGUCCGCUGGAGGAUUGAGAGAAGCGUACAUAACCGCUCAAGAUCCUACCGAAUGGGAUGCUCAACAAGCGGAUCUCCAACAGGCCAAGGAAGAUGCUGAGAACGAAAAUGAGGUGGAUGAAAUUGAAGAUGAGGAAGAGGAAGAGGCUACUACCGGUGGAAAGAGGAAGAGAGCUGCUCCAGAGAAGAAGAAGGACGGUAAAAAGGCUAAAACUACUAAAUCCAAGGCUACCGUGGACGACGAUUCCAAAGCCAAAUCCAAAUCAGCCGCUAAACCCAAAUCUACCGCUACCAAAGGAUCGAAACCACCAGCAUCAAAGCCUGAGAACCAGGAACCUGCGGAUGACGAUCCUCUCGCUUCUAACCCUGAAUGCGUUAAGGUGAAGGACUGGAGGCAUAAACUUCAAAGAGCCUUCCUGAGCAAGUCAUUGCCAUCUGCUGAGGAAAUGCCAAGCUACGACGAUCUCUUCAAGACCAUCGAAUCGUAUGAAUCCAUGACGAUAGAUGCUUUGCAGUAUUCAAAGAUCGGCAAAGUGAUGAAGAAGAUCAUGACCUUGAAUGAGAUCCCCAGAAAUGAGGAAUUCAAAAUCACCGAUCGAGCCUCCAAGUUGAUGCACCAAUGGACCGACUUCAUCGCUUCAAGCGAGAACAAACCCAAUGGAGCUGCUAACGGCGAAGCCCCAGCUUCUACAGCGGCAAAUGGAGAAAAGAAGGAAGAAGUGACUGAAAAGAAGGAUGGUGAGAAGAUGGAAGUUGACGCUUAA